UUACAUUUCUAGAGUUUGCGUAAAUUGGUCGUUGCUGUGUGCGAUCAUCAACCUACAUCGGUUAUCAGUGACAUUUUACGUGCGUCGUGUCGCAGCGUUUCGUUAAAACAAAGAGACUGUACGUUCAAUCGUAUGUCCAUCCAGAAUCUCAACACAUUCGACCCGUUCGCCGAUGCUAUCAAAAGCUCGGAAGACGACGUUCAAGAUGGAUUAGUCCACGUCCGAAUCCAGCAGAGGAACGGGCGUAAGACGCUGACGACGGUGCAGGGCCUGUCAUCGGAAUAUGACCUGAAGAAGAUCGUGCGGGCAUGCAAGAAGGAGUUCGCGUGCAACGGGACCGUGGUCGAGCAUCCCGAGUACGGAGAGGUGCUUCAGUUACAAGGCGACCAGCGCGAGAACAUUUGCCAGUGGCUCACCAAGUCGGGGCUCGUUAAGCCCGAGCAGCUCAAGGUGCACGGCUUCUAAGCCGCGCCGCGGUCGUCCGACGACCCUAACAUGUCCGCAUCGUGAAAUCAUCAUAGUCCUCUAAAUAAAAUGAGAACGUGCGCGUUAUAACCCUAUCGAAAAUGUAUUUAGAAAGUACCGAUGUUUACAGAGAAAAUCGUAUAACGAGGCUUAGGCCUCCCGCGCCCUGUGCCUUUCUGACUCCCGUGUAUAAUAAAGUAAAUAUUAUCGAGCAACGCUCCCGCGUUCCUGGAAAGCUUUAGUUGCAAUUGUACGCCGAACGAAAUAGUAAUAAUCACUUUGUUUUUUACGACAUUAAUACUUAUUAAAUUGCUGUAAUGAUUAUAUGAUGUGUCUCGAUUAAACAUGUUUUUCUAAGAAAA